UUGCUCUUACUUAAUCUGUAAUUAAAUUAGGUAAAUAUGUCAAUGUUUGCCACUACUAUUAUGUGCCUGUCAAUUUCUACCCAUACUCUUCCCCAAAAUACCUUUCUGUAGUGCAUACUUACAAAAAUCAUCAGAAAAUUCAAAAUCUUAUGAAAAUAGAAAAUAAGAAUUAUUCAUAAUUUCAGCAAACAGUACUAACGGCCAUUAACUUAUUUGUGUAUAGCCUUCCAGAUUUUUUUACACAUACGGUUUACAUAUACAACAAACUGUUCAAAAAUUGCUUUUAAAAUAAAAAUAUAUUUAUUGUAUUUUUGAUAUUGGAACAUAUAUUCUUAUAUAGUUUGUAACUGUACAGAAAUAUACAAAGGCAUAAUUGAAAAUACUCUGUGAUUUCCCUAUAACUACAGUUUAUUUCAUGUAUACCUUUAAAGACACUCUAUAUUUUCUUGUAUGGUAAUAUGAUAAUGUGCUCAACUAAUCUCAUGUAAACAGAUAUUUAAUAUAUUUAAAUAACAUUUUAAAAUGCUACAAUGUAUAUACAUUUUAUACAUAAAUAUUUUUGCAUCCUCAUCCGAUUAUUAGGCGAAGUGUCUAGGUUAGGCAUUUCUAAAUAAAGGUGGAAACAUUCAAAAUGCUGAUAUAUAUUUUCAAAUUGCCCUAUGGUUGUAACAAUUCACACUUCAGCUAGCCUGUGAGGGCAUUUUUUAGGGUCCCUGUCAACAAGAAGGUUUACCAUUAUUUUUUCCCCUGCCAAUAUGAUAAGCCAAAAGUAGAAUUUUAUUGUUUUAACUUGAUUUCUUUUUAUUAGUAGUGAAAUUAAUCAUCCUUUUUUAAUGUCUAUUGGCCAUUUGCACUCCUUUUGUAAAAUGCAUGCUCCUGCUCUGUCUUCUUCCCUUCCCCUACUGGAGGUGUUCCUCUUUUCUUUUUGCUUUGUCAGAGUUCUUUAUUAUUCAUUUUUCGUCUUAUACGUGGGAUCGGUUCGAUUCAGGCUUUCACCCUUUUACUGCCUUACAGAUUGCUAAUAUACAUUCUCCAUUGGUCUUUUAAUGUCGUUUACAGAAGCUGACUCUCUACCGCCUCCUUCUCUCCGUCUCACCCUCUCUGCCUCGCCUGCUCUGUACUGUUCUGUUCUCUUCUCUCUCUCCCUUUGUUUCUCUCUCUCCCUUUUUUCUUUUCAGUGCAGAAGUUUUUAAUUUUGACCGAGCCAAAUCUAUCAAUCUAGGCCUGGCGCCGCGUCAGCAGAGGGGGCGGGGAGGCGAGCGCGGAACUGGGGGAGGGGAAGGGGCGGGGAUCAGCAGGCGGAGCGGCUGCCAGAGUUGCUGGGAGUGCGCGCGGUCGGAUCACAAGGCGGCGGCGGAGGAGGCCCAGAGACCGGAGCGCGGGGACCUCAGCCAGCGGCCUACGCCCAGGCCUUUCUCCACCGGAGGACCAGGGAACCGCAGUCUUCAUCACAGAGGUACCGUGCUCCGCGCUCCCCGCCUGACCCGGCCCAGCCCGCUGCGGCGGCGCCUCCUUCCUUCCUCCUUCCCUCGCGCUCUCUCUUUCGCCCGCCCGCGCCUUCCCUGCCCGCCUGCGUCACCGCGGCCGCCAUGGCUGAGAAUGGCGAGAGCAGCGGCCCCCCGCGCCCCUCCCGCGGCCCUGCUGCGGCCCAAGGCUCGGCUGCUGCCCCGGCUGAGCCUAAAAUCAUCAAAGUCACGGUGAAGACUCCCAAAGAGAAAGAGGAGUUCGCGGUGCCCGAGAACAGCUCGGUUCAGCAGUUUAAGGAAGCGAUUUCGAAACGCUUCAAAUCCCAAACCGAUCAGCUAGUGCUGAUUUUUGCCGGAAAAAUCUUAAAAGAUCAAGAUACCUUGAUCCAGCAUGGCAUCCAUGAUGGGCUGACUGUUCACCUUGUCAUCAAAAGCCAGAACCGACCUCAGGGCCAGUCCACGCAGCCUAGCAAUGCCGCGGGAACUAACACUACCUCGGCGUCGACUCCCAGGAGUAACUCCACACCUAUUUCCACAAAUAGCAACCCGUUUGGGUUGGGGAGCCUGGGAGGACUUGCAGGCCUUAGCAGCCUGGGCUUGAGCUCGACCAACUUCUCUGAGCUCCAGAGCCAGAUGCAGCAGCAGCUUAUGGCCAGCCCUGAGAUGAUGAUCCAAAUAAUGGAAAAUCCCUUUGUUCAGAGCAUGCUUUCGAAUCCCGAUCUGAUGAGGCAGCUCAUUAUGGCUAAUCCACAGAUGCAGCAAUUGAUUCAGAGAAACCCAGAAAUCAGUCACCUGCUCAACAACCCAGACAUAAUGAGGCAGACACUCGAAAUUGCCAGGAAUCCAGCCAUGAUGCAAGAGAUGAUGAGAAAUCAAGACCUGGCUCUUAGCAAUCUAGAAAGCAUCCCAGGUGGCUAUAAUGCUUUACGGCGCAUGUACACUGACAUUCAAGAGCCGAUGCUGAAUGCCGCACAAGAGCAGUUUGGGGGUAAUCCAUUUGCCUCCGUGGGGAGUAGUUCCUCCUCUGGGGAAGGUACGCAGCCUUCCCGCACAGAAAAUCGCGAUCCGCUACCCAAUCCAUGGGCACCACCGCCAGCUACCCAGAGUUCUGCAACUACCAGCACGACCACAAGCACUGGUAGUGGGUCUGGCAAUAGUUCCAGCAAUGCUACUGGGAACACCGUUGCUGCCGCUAAUUAUGUCGCCAGCAUCUUUAGUACCCCAGGCAUGCAGAGCCUGCUGCAACAGAUAACUGAAAACCCCCAGCUGAUUCAGAAUAUGCUGUCGGCGCCCUACAUGAGAAGCAUGAUGCAGUCGCUGAGCCAGAAUCCAGAUUUGGCUGCACAGAUGAUGCUGAAUAGCCCGCUGUUUACUGCAAAUCCUCAGCUGCAGGAGCAGAUGCGGCCACAGCUCCCAGCCUUCCUGCAGCAGAUGCAGAAUCCAGACACACUAUCAGCCAUGUCAAACCCAAGAGCAAUGCAGGCUUUAAUGCAGAUCCAGCAGGGGCUACAGACAUUAGCCACUGAAGCACCUGGCCUGAUUCCGAGCUUCACUCCAGGUGUGGGGGUGGGGGUGCUGGGAACCGCUAUAGGCCCUGUAGGCCCAGUCACCCCUAUAGGCCCCAUAGGCCCUAUAGUCCCUUUUACCCCCAUAGGCCCCAUUGGGCCCAUAGGACCCACUGGCCCUGCAGGCCCCCCUGGCUCCACCGGCUCUGGUGGCCCCACGGGGCCUACUGUGUCCAGCGCUGCACCUAGUGAAACCACGAGUCCUACAUCAGAAUCUGGACCCAACCAGCAGUUCAUUCAGCAAAUGGUGCAGGCCCUGGCUGGAGCAAAUGCUCCACAGCUGCCGAAUCCAGAAGUCAGAUUUCAGCAACAACUGGAACAGCUCAACGCAAUGGGGUUCUUAAACCGUGAAGCAAACUUGCAGGCCCUAAUAGCAACAGGAGGCGACAUCAAUGCAGCCAUUGAAAGGCUGCUGGGCUCCCAGCCAUCGUAAUCACAUUUCUGUACCUGGAAAAAAAAUGUAUCUUAUUUUUGAUAAUGGCUCUUAAAUCUUUAAACACACACACAAAAUCGUUCUUUACUUUCAUUUUGAUUCUUUUAAAUCUGUCUAGUUGUAAGUCUAAUAUGAUGCAUUUUAAGAUGGAGUCCCUCCCUCCUACUUCCCUCACUCCCUUUCUCCUUUGCUUAUUUUUCCUACCUUCCCUUCCUCUUGUCUCCCCACUCCCUCCCUCUUUGUUUCCUUCCUUCCUUAUUUCCUUUAGUUUCCUUCCUUAGCCGUUUUGAGUGGUGGGAAUCAAUGCUGUUUCACUCAAAAGUGUUGCAUGCAAACACUUCUCUUUAUUCUGCAUUUAUUGUGAUUUUUGGAAACAGGUAUCAACCUUCACAGUUGGGUGAACAAGUGUUGUCCUACAGAUGUCCAAUUUAUUUGCAUUUUUAAACAUUAGCCUAUGAUAGUAAUUUAAUGUAGAAUGAAGAUAUUAAAAACAGAAGCAAAUUAUUUGAAGCUCUCUAAUUUGUGGUACGAUAUUGCUUAUUGUGACUUUGGCAUGUAUUUUUGCUAGCAAAAUGCUGUAAGAUUUAUACCAUUGAUCUUUUUUGCUAUAUUUGUAUACAGUACAGUAAGCACAAUUGGCACUGUACAUCUAAAAAUAUUACAGUAGAAUCUGAGUGUAAUAUGUGUAACCAAAAUGAGAAAGAAUACAAGAAAUGUUUCUGGAGCUAGUUAUGUCUCACAAUUUUGUAGAAUCUUACAGCAUCUUUGAUAAACUUCUCAGUGAAAAUGUUGGCUAGGCAAGUUCAGUUAAAAUAUAGUAGAAAUGUUUAUCCUGGUAUCUCUAAGUAUACAUUUAAUUGUACAGAAAAUUUACAGUGUAACAUUGUGUCAACAUUUGCAGAUUGACUGUAUAUGACCUUAAUCUUUGUGCAGCCUGAAGGAUCAGUGUAGUAAUGCCAGGAAAGUGCUUUUUACCUAAGACUUCCUUCUCAGCUUCUCCCAUAAAGAGACCCUAAUAUGCAUUUUGAUUUGUAAUUGGAAAUGUAACUUUCACUGAAAGUGUCAUGUGAUGUUUGCAUUACUUUUAACUGCUAUGUAUAAAGGAAAGUGUGUCUUUUGACUUCAUCAGUUAUUUCUCUUGUGCACAGAGAAAAAUGCAUUAAAAAUGACUAAAAAAAAAUAAAAAAUUAAAAAAUGGAUAAA